AUGUCAGUGACCGAGACGUCGUCGGAGCAGACCCUGACCCGCGACCACGACAUGGAGGAUGGCGACGGCGACGUCGUCCGCGUCGAAAUCCCCUCCCAGGCCUCCGACACGGAGCUCUGUAAGUGAAGGGCGGCUUUUUACGGAGUGGAAGUUGUGCUCUAUGGCUAAUCAUUAGUUUUUGAGGUCUGUACUGGUUUAGAACGGUUUUAUGAGCUUUCUGUGCCCAAGUCUUUUACACUAAACCGCUGUGAGGGCUGGAGGCUAUUUUGAAAGGGUAUUGUUCGCUCUACGGCUAAUCAGAGGUUUUGAAGUCUAGGCCGGUUGGAAAUGAUUUUAUGAGCUUUUUAGGCUUUUUAAAAAGCUUUUCCCUUCCCAGGCUUCUGACACUGAGCUCUGUUAGUGAAGGGCGGCUUUUUUCAAAGUGGAAGUUGUGCUCUAUGGCUAAAUAUCGGUUUCAGUGAUCUGGAAUGGUUAAGAAAGAUUUUAAGAACUUUCUAGCCAUUUUUAAAAAUUUAUCCGAAGAUUCCCUUGCCAGGAUUCUGACACUGAGCUCUGUAAAUGAAAGGCGGCUAUUUGCAAAGUGGAUUUUAUGCUCUACGGCUAAAUAUCAGUUUUCGAGGUCUAGAAUAGUUUGAAAAAUUUUCCAAUCACAUAAAAUCCAACUGAGUCAUUUUCUAAAAGCUAUAAUCUAGCCCGGCUCCCGAAAUUUAUGUCUUAUUUUUUUUGAAGAAAUGGAUCUUGACAAGAUAAUUGUAGACGCUGUUUUCGGCUUUGUAAGUGCGCUUCACGGCUAAUUUAUGGCUUUUUUGACUUGAAGGGAAAGGAAAAGAGAAAGAGAAAGGACUCUAUGAAGAAAAACUUUUUUUUUCUACUUUGGGACGACAGAGGUUAUUUUUGAAGCGUGAAGUGUGCUCCAUGGAUAAAUUGCAAAAGUUGAGGAAUUUUGGGACGUUUGAGGCUUUUUUUGGCUUCUAAAGAGCGCUCCAUUGAUAAUUUUGAGCUUUGGGUGUCUCCUUGGAGCAUAUUAUGUUAAUUUUUUUUACUUUUAAGGACUUUUCCUUAAAAAUUUGCCUUCUUGUAUCAUAUUUGAAUGCCAGAGUUCCGAAAGAGCACAAAAAAAUACUAUUUUAUAACAGAUUUGGAAGUUUGUUGGCUAUUUAUUAUCAUUGAAGUGCGCUCCAUUGAUAAAUUUCCAACUGGUGACCUUUUUUGGUCCAAAAAAAGUACGAGGUGCGGGAAAGUUCGGUAGAACAAAUCUGUUGCACAGAUGCGUUACAGAUGCGACUUUUCUGCGCAGAUGCAAGCAUCUGUUCGCACUUUCGAGAUUCCCAAAGUCGGUGUUCCAUUUCGAUGAGAUCCCGAUUUCAAACCGGUUUUUUUUUUGAAUUUAUCUUUUUUCGAGUUUCAACACGUUUACGAUCGAUAACAGUGAUUUUCAAAACUUCCUUAAAAAAAGUGUUUAAAUCAUAAAUUUUCUCUAGUUUUUCUAGUUUUCGCAUUGAAAUUACCAAAAUCGAGAGAAAAAAAUAAUUUUCCGCAUCAAAAUUCUCCUACUCGUUCCCUAAGAAACUCUAUUUAUUUAGGAAAAAUGUUGAACUUUUUGAAAAAAAUUGAUGAAUCACGAUGGAGACUCGUGACCGUGGGAAUUUAUGCAAAAAAAUCGUUUUUCCGUUUUUUUAUUGGAUUUUUUUGUUUUUUUGGAAUGCUCCGUCGGAUCUUCGUUCUUCGUCCAAUCAUCGCCGUCGCUGGCCUCAGUUCGGUUUUUUUCGAUUUUUUUAUAGAAAUUAAGAAAAAAAUAGGUGUUAAAUUUGUGGGUUUUUAAUGAAGGAAUUGGCCCUCGGAAGCGGCAGUUUUUUUGAUUUUUUUCUGAAAAAAAUUAUUAUAUUUUUUUAAAUAUCACCUUUUAAUGAAGAAGUAGGCUUCCUGGAGUUGGAUUUUUUUCGAUUUUUUUAAAAAGAAUUUAUGAUAAAAUUUGUUGGUUUCAUAGAUUUUUAAUGAAGAUACUGAGCUUCUUAAGCGUCUCAGUCCGGCUUUUUUUCGAUUUUUUUGAAAAAAAUUAAUUUUUUUAAUCAAAGAUUUUUUUAAUGUGGAAACUGACUUUUUGGAAACUUUCAGAUCUCAAAAAAAUAGGUUUUUUUGAUAGGUUAAAGCGUUAGAAAUUUCUAUAAUAAUCAUUUAUGAAGUAUAAAAAAACGGCUUCUGAGACUUGAGAAGCUUGAAAUUCUAAGAAAAAAAGAUGAAAAAUUCAUUUUUUUGAAAGCCAUUUAUUCGUUUAAAAUGACCAAAAUUCGAAAAAAAUAUUCGAUUUUUUUCUUAAAUUUUGGACAUUUCCUAUCAAUUUUUUAGCCAAAAAAAACUUUGUUCCUAUUCCAAAAAGUCCCCCCAAAAAAAAAUACCUUUCAUACCACGAAAAAUAUUUUUCCGAACAAGGUCCAAAAUUGAAUCGCCAUCCAUAAAAGGAGCCAGAAAAAAAAGGGUCUCGAAAACGUCUUUUUUGGCAAAAACGGCGAUGAAAUUUAAGCUCGAGCGGCUUUGAAAAGACUUUUUUUUUCGACGCUUUAGGCGAGGCGACUUUAUUUUCUCCCCUCCUGAGAUUUUAUUAUUUUUCUUUUGGUGGCAAGGGGGACCUUUUUUGGAUUAGAACAGUUGAAUUUUUAAAAAAGGUGAUAGCUAUUUUUGAUAGGAUAAUGUGCUCCAAGGCUAAUUUGAGCUUUUCCAGGUUUUUAAUAUUUUUGAAGAAUUUUUUAAAAUGUUUUUCGAGUCGAUUCCUGAGGUUUUUCUAUUUUUCAAGGCUCUUGAAUUUGAAAAAUUUGGGUGAAAGCUAUUUUUAAGAAGAUAAUGUGCUCCAAGGCUAAUUUGAGCUCAUUUCGGGUUUUUUUGAGGUUUUUGAAGUUUAAAAUAAAGUCGAUUUUUAAGAUUUCAUGAUUUUUUUUUUAUGGAAGGGGCCUUAUUUUGAACCGGAACACUUGAAACUUAAAAAGGGGAAAAGCUAUUUUUGAAAAGAUGAUGUGCUCCAAGGCUAAUAUCAGCUUUUCCUGGUUUUUAAUAUUUUUGAAGGAUUUUUUAAAAUGUUUUUCGAGUCGAUUCCUGAGGUUUUUCUAUUUUUCAAGGCUCUUGAAUUUGAAAAAUUUGGGUGAAAGCUAUUUUUAAGAAGAUAAUGUGCUCCAAGGCUAAUUGGAGUUGUUAAAAUUUUUUUGGAGCAAUUCUUCAAGUUUUUUUAAUUUAAAAAAAUCAACUAGAUUUCAAAAAAAUUCCAGUUUGAAUUUUGAAUAAUAUUCAGUAUUUUUUUCUAUAAGUUUCGGAACCCGUUCUUCUAACAAAUAUUCAUUUUUUUGACUCUGAAAAUGGACUUUUUUUGGUGAAGAGAAGAAAAAAUAACAGAGAGACUGUUACAACGAGAUGAUUAUCUCGGGUUUUGGGAAAAUUUGGCUAUUUUUGGGCAAAGAUACGUCUUUGAGAUUAGAACCGAUGGAAAUUGGCGAUAGUUUUUGUUGUUUCGAAGGAAAAUUGGCUGUGAUUUCAGAGGAGUUGGAACAAUUUUUUGGAAGGAAUAUUGGAUGUUUUAGGGAUUUUGUAAAAUGCGGACAUUGGAAAGGGUUUUUGGAGGUUUUUAUUCAAUUUCAGAGGAUUGGUAAGGCUUUUCAGUCUCUUUGAAGCGUCGUUAGAAGAAAAUAAAAAUAGGAGGCUAUUUUUCGACUUGCAAGUUUGCUCCAAUGAUAAAACCUCUUCAAAACGGUCAAAAAAGCUGGAUUAUCAUUCAAAUUCUUUGAUAUCCUUUGAAGCGCCUAUAAAAAAACAGACAGGCCCUUUUUAACUUGCAAGUUUGGUCCAAUGAUAAAAUACCAUAAGAUCAGUUUCAGAAAGACCUAAUUAUAAUUCCCAACUUUUUAUUUCCUCCUGUGCUGCUAUAGAACAAAAAUAAAAAUCUGAAAGCCAUUUUCAAACCCUCAAAUUUGCUCCAUUAAUGAAAUCUAGAAGUUUUGAACCUCUAAUCAUUUCCCCAACUGCUUUAAAGGAAAGUACAAGCCUUCAGGCCGUUUCUUAACUCUCAAGUUUGCUCCGAUGAUAAAAUACCGUAAAAUCAGCUUUUGUUCCUCUUCUGAGCUGCUCUGGGACAAGAAUCAAAUCCUCGAGGCUUUUUUUAAACUAGCAAUUUCGCUCCAAUGAGAAAUCAUUGGAGAAAGCCUUUUAUUCUCCUCUAAGGGAAAUUCUAUAACUUUAAUAACAUUUUCAUAACUUCAAUAUGAGAAUCGUAAUGUUAUGCGAAAAAUCUCCCUUCCGUAUUUUAUAGCUUUCCGAGUAAAAAAACUCCUGAAGAAAGGGGGAGCGAACGCGGCGCGACAAAUUGCUUCAACUUGUGGGUGACACCCACUUUUUUCCCUUCUUCAUUCUACCCCGCUGGAAAAACGAGCAAAACAACAACUCAAAACUGUGUUUUUCUUCUCGGCCCGCCGUGUCCAUCAAUCAUUCUCGCGCGGCGGCGGAAGCUUAUCCUAGGAGAAGCCUUUUUUGCCGUUUCCUUGGUUUAAGUGCGCUCUGGGGAGAACUUUGAGCUCGAAGUGAGGGUCAGCCCUUUUUCUCGCUGAAAUUAGCUCUGAUUUGAGACAUUUUAGCGGUGGAGCGCAUUUUCUGUCACAAAAUCGCCUUGAGGCUUGUUUUUUUUGCUAAUUCUAAGAGGGUUCAGAGCUCGAAAUGAAAGUCAGGCCUUUUUCUCGCUGAAGUUAGUGUUGAUUUGAGGCAUUUCAGCGGUGGAGCGCAUUUUCUGCUGAAAAAUUGCCUUGAGACCGUUUUGAAAUUUUUUUGAACUCAUUCAGAGCCUGAAAUGAGGGUUUGCCCUUUUUCUCUCUGAAAUUAGCUCUGAUUUGAGACAUUUUAGCGGUGGAGCGCAGCUUCUGUUGUAAAAUAGCCUUAGGGCUCUUUUUGAAAGAUUUAAUGCACUCUAUAAAGAGCAUCGUUUUCUCGCCCUCAUUUUGGAAGAAAGUAGCUUCGAUUUCUUAGAAUUUAGCGCUGGAGCGCAUUUUACAAGAAAAAAUAGCCUCGAGGCUGUUUCUGGGAUAAAUUCGCUUUACGACAAGUUAUAGCGGUAGAGCGCAUCGUUACUACAAUUACUCGCCUUUUUUUAGCCGCUUCCUUGAUUUUAGAGGAGAUCGAAAUGAUGGUCAGCCCUUUUUCUACCCAUAAAGAUGUGAUUUGAGGAAUUUUGGUGGUGGAGCACAUUUUCUGUCUGAAAAAUCGCCUUGAGGUCCUUUUUGUUAUUUUAAUAGGCUCUAUAGAGGUUAUUGCUUUUUCAGCUCUUUUUUUGGGAGAAUUUAGCUAUGAUUUGAGAGAUUUUAGCGGUGGAGCGCAUUUUCUGUCUGAAAAAUCGCCUUGAGGCUCAUUUUGAUUAUUUUCUUGGGCUCUGUAGAAAAUGAGGCUCAAAAAUAGAUGUGACAAACUUUUUGGAAGAAUUUAACUUUGAUUUGAUAAAAUUUAGCGGUGGAGCGCAUUUCACAUUGAAGAAAUAGCCGAAUAGACGCUUUGUUGAAAAAGAGAAUCUAAAACAGACUCCAAGACUUUUUUUAAAGCUUUUUAUCUAUACAGCACACCUGUCUCCCUCAAAAAUCGCUUAACAAAAAAUCAGCUUUGAAAAAUGGCAUUUCCUACGCAAUUUAUCAAUGGAGCGCACCUGUCGCGGCUAUUUUCCCCGUGUGUAUCGAUUAACAUGGUUGCGAGGCGGGUGAUCAAUCAAAAAAGAAGAAGAAAAAAGGGUAGGAGUCUGGGGCGACAAGUGUUUGCCGUGCAAACGAUUCGCGAGCCAAAACCCUCGAUUGACGUCAUUUUCCCUGACGAAUUUCGCCUUUUUUCCUUUGAUCUUUCCAUGUCAUUUUCUAUUUGUUUGGUAGAUCUUGAACUCUGAUAAGUGGGACAUUUUACGAAGAUAAGGUUUUUCGAAAUUUAUAUUUUUUGGUUUUCAAAGCUCGAAACUCUAAAAAUAAUCCUUUUUGCCAGUUAUUCACGUUUAGAGAUGGUGAAUUAAUCAUUACAUGAAUUUUUAGCGGUUAAAAAGUUUCACAAUCAUUUUCCGACCAAUUUCAAGCGUCUUUUAAGUUUCAAAGCUUCUAUAUUAGGCUCGGAUCAGUUUCGAGUAUUGUUGAUAAUCGUUCGAAUUUCGUCUAAGUUUAUUCACUGUACUUUGAGCCCCCAGUUGAAGCUGAAACUUUCCUGAGGGCUACCUUAGAAUCUUCUGAUUCCAGAAAAAGACAAUUUUUCGAAACUGCUCCGAUUUUUAAGCUUUAAACCCUUGAAAUAACGCGUUUUUUGUCGAAAUUUUCGCAUUUUGAAAAGUUUGAAGCUUCAUAAAUCAAAAAAAAAAGGUCUAGUGCGAGAAAACCAAGCCUUCCAGGAAUGAAUUGAUGAGCUUUUUCGACUCCAACAGCAUUUGAAACUUGGAAAACUCAAAAUUUACCAAAAUUAACUUAUUUAUCAAUCAUUAUGAAUUUUUUUUUUUUUUUCGAGUUUCAAGACCUCAAUAUAAGGCUCCUAUGGGUUUUGAAGGUUUUUAAUGUAAAUAUUCUGGGUUGGAAAUUUAUUAAGGUUCAGAUUAAUUGAUUAAUUGAUUAAUGAAGUUCUUGACAGCAACCAAAACUCUUUAAACUCAGAAUUUUCCAAAAUGAACUUAUUUAUCGCAUUUUUUGUGAGUAUGUCGAUCAUUAGGAAUAUUUUCCGUUCAUUAAAAAUGUUUUUUGAGAUUCAGGACCUCAAUAUUAGGUUCUUUUGAGGUUUGAAAAGUACUGUGUUUAGAAUAAUCGCAAUUUGAGCUAUAUUCAGGGUUUGAGGAACAGAUAAAUUAAUUUAUAAGGUUUUUUUCAACAUUUCAUUGGAUAAUAGUUCGUUUCAGAAAUUUUUCAUUUAGUUUUCUGAAAGUUAUAAAUUUUUCUUUUGAUUUUUCUGAAUUUCUUUAGAGAUUCACAGGCAGUCCUAAUGUCUUCUGAGUUCUAGAAUCUUACUUUAUUAGGAUAUUAGAAAUACUAUAGAAGGUUUUUCUAGAUAGAAGGAUGGAUUAAAAAGUUUUUUCGGCUCCAACAGCAUUCGGAAGUUUUCAAACUCAAAUUUUACCAAAAUAAACGUGUUUAUCGCGUUUUUUGUGAGUAUGUCGAUCAUUAGGAAUAUUUUUUUCAUUUUUUAAAAAUGUUUUUUGAGAUUCAGGGCCUCAAUAUUAAGCUAUUAUGAGGUUCGAAAAGUAUUAUGGAUAAGAAUAAUCGCGAUUUUAACUAUAGACAUUGUUUGAGGGAUGGAUUAAUUGAUUUAUAAGGUUCUUUCUUUCUCAGCAUUUCAUGGGAUAAUGGUCCAAUUUUUUUCAUAAUUUUCCGUAGAGCUUAGUUUUAAGAAAGUUAUAUAUAUUUUUCCAAUUUUCUAAACUACUCUCUAGUUUCACAGGUUGUCUCAAUGUCUUCUGAGUUUCAGAUCCUUGCUUUAUUAUUAGAUCAGAAAGACUAUAAAAGGUUUUGUCAGAUAAAUGGAUGAUUUGAAGAGGUUUUUUUCGGCUCCAACAGCAUUCGGAAGUUUUCAAGCUCAAAAGUUUCAGAAAAAAGAUCUUUUCAUCAAUUUUCAUAAACAUUUUCUAUGAUGACUUGUUCAGCACUGGACUCGCCGUCAGGCAGUACAUCGCGGGCGCCGUCGUCGGUCUCGCACCAUGCGAGUCCGAUGCGCAACACGACGUCCGGCCACGGCGGCCUCUUCGUCUCGGCCCCCGGCAAAAUCAUCCUCUUUGGAGAACAUGCUGUCGUUUAUGGACGGGUCGGUUUUGAGGGGUUUUUCGGGAUUCUCAUAACGAACAAGAUCAAACAGACACAUUCGACGGAAUUUAUGGGAUUUACUUUGAAAUUGAAAAAUGCCUAGUACUUCCCAGGAUUCUUCCAUAAAAGCCUGAAGUUGAAAAUGUUGAAAGAACUUUUUCGAAAUAAAAAUGAAAAUCUAUAGCUUCUCAUUUUUGGAUCAUCAAGUUUGAAGUAGGGCCGAGCUUUGAGGUUCAGGAAAAAUUUUUGAAUUUUUCGGAAAAAUAGUCUAAAUUCAUGACUUUAUCAGCUCGGAUUCGAAUUAUUUUUUUUAGGAAAAUCAAGUUGGAAGUACGGUAAUAAAAUAAUCAAUAAUCAAGUUUGAAGCAGGGCCAUCUUAUAAAUGAGCUUUAAGGCUCAGGAAGAAAUGUUGAACUAUGGAAAAAAAACAAUUAGAGCUCUAUUCAAGUAAAUUCAUGGCUUUUUGUCGACUUGGAUUCAAGUUUUUUGCGUAUUUAUGAACUUUAGUUCAAGUUGAGUUCAUUUAAAGUUUUCAUCUAAUUCAUUAAUUCUUCCAAAAGCUAUGAUCCCUUUCCUUGGCGAUAUUUUGAGUGUAUAUUCAGUUGAAUGUUUUUCUUUCUCAGACUGCAAUUGCGGGAUCAAUCGACCUACGGACGUAUGUCUCUUUGUACACGUCGGCCGACGGCCGGAUCUACCUGAGUUUGCCGGAUUUGGGUGUGGAAAAGACGUGGAUGCUCAAGGAUUUGCUCAAGGUGGGGAUUUCCUGAAAAAUUAGAAUUUCAAAAGUGGAGUGCGACCCGGAUGCGCCCAGAGCUUUUCUAGGGAUCACUUUAGGGAUGUUUCUAGGCUCUUCUAGGGAUCCCUUUAGGGGCGUCAGUAUUCUUAAGUGAUCACUAGAAAUGCUCAGAAUCGUCCAGUACGAGUCAGGUAGGAAAAGAGCCUGAAAAAAGUUACUUAGGAACUCCAGAGCGGUUCCUAUAGAGGCAACCUUAGGACCCCUUGAAAGUCCCCCUCUAGGGACCACUUUACCAACCCCUAUAGGGACCACUCUCUGUAAUCCCUACGAAUGUCUCGUAGCGAAAACUACAGUGCACCUCCGAAAGUGAUCGGAAUAGCACAAUUGAAACAGAAUAACUUGAAUGAUACUGUGUACCAGGAAAAAAGGUGGAAAAUCUAAUAAUACAGUACACCUCGAAAGAAACCGCUGCGAGACCCGAAAUGACUCGAUGUUUACCCCUCUAGGGACCACUUUUUCGACCCCUAAAGAGGCUGUUUUGACAUUCCAAACUUUGCCUUUAAGACUAGGUUCGAUUUCCAGUUCAUUUAAAACUUUCUGGGCGAUUUUUUUAGAAAAGUACAGAACGCUAGAAAGAAGAGUAGAAUGCUCGAUUUUGCAGGCGGCUGACCGAUUGGCGGCCGAUUAUCCAGUUGAGGAGGACCAGCCGCCGUCGCUGGAAGUCCUCGUCCCGAUCGCCAGGAAGCUCUCCGGCUCCUGCGAGGAUCAGUGCGGGGUUCAACAUUUGGCGAUCCUCGCCUUCUGGUAUCUUCUCCUCGGCGUCGCCCACAGGAAAAGGUGAACGAUUUGGGUCUGUAGUCCAUUCCGCGCCAGCUUGUCACGAUUUUUGUUUUUCGCUUCGAGACUCUCUGUUCAUGCGCCUUUAAUCUAUUGUCGCGAUUUUUCCUAAGAUCUUCAGAACCUUUUGAUAUCGCUGUUCAUGCGCCUUUAAAUUAGCCUAAAAGAUUUUCGUCAUACUAAUUUUCCAAGUUUCAUCAAAAUUUCAAGGCCCGAAAAAUUCCCCUUGUCAGAAAAAAAAAAACAAAACUUUCCAUGUGCCUUUAAUAACCAGCAUGAUUGAUGUUCAUUGGUGUUUUUGAAAGAAAAUACGAUUUUUUUUUAUUUUUAUUUUCAUUACUAACAUGCCUUUUUUGUUUAAAAUAUUGUAUCGAAGUUGAAAUUUGCUUCAAAUUUGUUUUAAAAAUAUUAGGUUCUAUAAAAAAACGUCCAAUAUUUCUCAUUUGGAAUGAAACAAUGGUCUUAAAAAGAUGUCAUUUUUUGGAAUAUGAAGGUACAUUUUAUUUGAAUUUCUAACAAGAAUCUUUAAAAAGUCGCUAGUUGUCCGAUCACGCUCAAAAAAUCAAUAAAUGAAGUACGGUAUUCAAAAAAGUUCAUUUUUGAACUUUCCUACUGUAGCCGCGUAGUGUGCACUUGUCCGUCGCUGUGUAUGUCUUUCUUUCUGUUGUUUCCAUUCGUUCGCCCUCCUCCUUUUCAUCCCAACAGACGUGAGGGAUGUUCAGCGCGAUGGCCCGCAUGGCCAAAGGACUGCCCCCGCCGGCGCUGCCCUCGGGACUCCACCGGGAGACGACGGGCGUCACGGAGCCCGGCGCGAUCGGAGACGCGAUCGGCGACGAAGACGUCACCGAGGCCGAGCGGGCGAUGGCCCUGCCCGUCCCGCCCGCCACCCCGACGCCUUCUUCCAUGAUGACGUCGUCGCCGCUUCUGACGGCUUCUGCUGCGAAUCUGGCGGCCGCUUCGGCUAACGCUCAACAGUGUGUUUUUGAUGAAUAUCACUAUUGGUUUCUUUUUUAACGACAUAUUUUGGUUUGGAAGCUUGGAAGGUCCUUGAGAACAGGGGAAAUUUUGAAAAAGUCAUAUUUUUGACUCGAACGCUUUUGAGGUCAGAUUUUUGAACGAGAUAAUCGGAAAGGAAGCUUCUGGAGACAUAUUUUAGAGCUGGGGAAGGUUUUGAAGGGUCUGGACGCUUUUAAAUGUCGUGCAGACCGGAUUUUUCCUAUCUUGAAAGUUGCUUAAUGGGUCGAAAUCAGUUAAAGUUUAAAUUUUUGGCCUUUAAACUGUCGAAAGAUUUUUUUAUAGUUUGAACUUGUAGUUUGAUCAAAUGAUUUUUCGAGUCAGGAGCCUUGUAAAGCCUUCAGAGUUGAUUCAAAGAGUUUCUCAAGAUCAAAAUAAAAUUUAGAAAAGUUCCGGAUUUUCUGAAGUUUCUUAUUUGAAGCUUCGAAAAUUCCUGUACUUUCUGAGAUUUCUUAGAUUUUUUUAUGAGCUUUAAAAAUUUUUUUUUCGGAAGGUAUGGAGUUUUUUUAGAGAUUUAGGAAGUGUCAUUUGAAGCUUAUAAGGCUUUGAAAAAAACCCUGGAUGUCUUUAUAUUUUUUUAAUAAGAAAUAAAAAGGAUAAAGUUCUUCAUAAUAGUUAUAGAGUCACUACAAGGAUGAGUUUCGCAGAAUUUUUUUAUAGAAAACUUGAAAAAAAUUCCUAUUAUUUUCGAUUUUUUUAGAGAAAUUUUGAGGGACCUUCCAAUUUUUAGAACCUUUAGAAUAAGUCCUAACAAAAUAUAACACAACUAAAAAUAAUCUUCAAAAAUUUUUUUUUCGUGGUUUUUCUUUUUGCACGCUUUUAGUGAUUUUUGCUGUGGUAGUGGUGGUGGUCGUUUUAACACUUUUUAAAUUAUAUAUUUGAAUUUUUUUCAGUGGUAUUUCAUGAAUAGAAUGAACAUUUCAGAGACCUUUUGGCGGUGAAAACGACGGUGCGAUUCAGGCUGCCCAGCUGCGUUGGCCUUGGUUCUUCGGGUACCUUUUUUGGAGAUUUUUAUGAAGUUUAGACGUUGAAAUUGAUUUUCUACGGUGAAUAUCAGAGAUUUUUGGCUUUGUCAGCGUUUUUGAACGACUUUUGCCCAAGUAAAUUAGUUAAUUAAGGCUUUAACAGCGGUUUUUGACUCGAAAAGUCGAUAGAUAUUUGAAAAAUACGGGAUUUUUUGAUAUUUCGAAGGUUAAAAUUGAAUUUGAAGUGAACUCAUGAAUUAUUUUGGGCUUUAUUAGCAAUAUUUCACCCUCAAAGUUGAUAAAUUUCAGAAAAUUUGUGAUUUUUUGAAUUUUCGAAGUCAAAUUGUAACUUUUGCUCGAGUAAGUCAGUUAAAUAGGGCUUUAUUUGCGAUUUUUGAUCCAAACAGCCGAACAAAGUGAUAAGAAUCCGAGAUUUUUUGGACUUUCCAAGGUUAAAUUUGAAGUUUCGAGUGAAUAAAGGAGUUAUUUUCGGCUUUAUUAUUGAUUUUGAGUGCUUAAAGUCGAUAAAAUUGUGAAAAAUACAAGAUUUUUUGGAAUAUCUAAGGUUAAAUUCGAAGUUUGACCUCAAUAAAUAAGUUAUUUUUGACUCCAUUGAAUUCGAGCCCUCAAAAUCGAUAAAAUCAAGAAAAAUCACACAUUUUUGUGCAGUUGGAAGGUUAAUUUCGAAUUUUCCGUUAAAUAAAUGAGUUUUUGUGGCUUUAUCAUUGAAAUUGAGCCCUAAAAGUCGAUGAAAUCAAUAAGCAAUAAUUUUUUUGGAAAGUUAGAACGUUAAAAAUUGAAUUUUUUUAAGUAAAUUAUUGAGUCAUUUUUCGGCAUUAUUUGCGAUUUUAGACCCUAAAAAGAUGAAAUUGAAUAAAUCCAAAAUUUUAAGUUUAAACGUUAAUUUUGAAACGUAACUUCAACAAAUGAGUCAUUUCAAGCUUUAUCAGCGAUUUUUUUGACUUUUUGAAAGUGCGUGAAACUGAUAAAUAUCCGAGGUUUUUGAAAUUUUUCAAAGUUUAAUUCAAAGUUUUACGGAACUAAAGGAGUUAUUUUUGGCUUUAUCAUUGAUUUUGAACCCUAAAAAGUGCGUAAAAAUUGAGAAGAAUCCGAAAUUUUUUGGGUUUUCAAGGUUAAAUUUGAAUUUUCCGUUGAAUCAAUGAGUCAUUUUUGGCUUUCUUUGCGAUUUUUGACCCAAAAAUUCGAUUAAAUCAAUGAUUUUUGAAAAGGUUUGAAAGUUGAAUUUUCAUCUUUGCUAGAAAACACUUAAGAGGUCAUUUAAGGGUUGUGAAGCUUUAGUGGCCUCCUUAGUAGUCGGUCCAUUAGCAAUAUCUGCUUAAGUGGCCACUAAGAGACGAAAAUAAUGACUUCUAGGUCGUUUUAGUGUCCUCUCCAAAGUAGUCCUUGAGAAACCCCUUAAGGGGCUACUAAAGUUUCUUCCAACCCCUUGAAUAAAUGAGCUAUUUUCAGCUUUAAACAUCGAAAAAAUGAAUUUUCAUUGAAUUUUAGUCCAAAUUAAAAUAUUUUCAGGUGCUUAUUGUGUUUGCAUUGCUACUGCUCUCCUUCAAACUGCCGGUCUCAUCCCUCCGCCGUCCGUCGUCGUUAGUUCAUUCUUCCGUUUCAUCGCGAAAUCAUAAGCUUCUCAAAAAAAUAUGACACAAGUCAAUACAAUCGUGAUCAUUUUUAGAAAAAUAGAUAGUAUUAAUAUCCUUUAGUGACCCCUAGGGACAUUUGAAGGGUCAUAUUGAACAACCGCUCCUAACCCCCUUAAAAAAAGAGCUUUAGCGAACUAAAAGUUCAAACUUGUAGUUGAUCAACUUGAAAGCUUGAUUUUACGGUCCCCGAGCUCGUUUUUCUGCGCAUAGUUCGUACAGUUUCGCCUUGACGAGCUCAGAAACUGUUGUUGAUCAACUUGAAGUCAGGGUCUCGCAGGCCUUCACUUCGUUCUUCUGAGCGUAGUUUAUCCAGUUUCGCCUUGACCAGCUCAGAAAUUGUUGUUGAUCAACUUGAAGUCAGGGUCUCGCAGGCCUUCACUUCGUUCUUCUGAGCGUAGUUUAUCCAGUUUCGCCUUGACCAGCUCAGAAAUUGUAGAUGAUCAACUUGAUGUCAGGUUCUUGCAGCCCUAGUUGUUCUGGGCGUAGAUGAUCCAGUUUCGCCUUGACGAGCUCAGAAAGUGUAGAUGAUCAACUUGAAAUUUUGAUCUCACGGCCCCCCGGUUUGUCCUACUGCGCGUAGUUCGUUCGUUUUCGCCUAGAAGAGCUCAGAAAUUGUAGUUGAUCAAGUUAAAAUCAUGAUCUUAAAGUCUUCACCUUGUUCUUCUGAGCGUAGUUCAUCUAGUUUCGCCUUGACCAGCUCAUAAAGUGUAGUUGAUCAAUUUGAAACCAGGAUCUUACAAUCCUUGUUUUUCUGCGCGUAGAUCGUCCAGUUUCGCCUUGACGAGCUCAGAAUGUAGCUGAUGUUGUAGCUGAGCACGGAGACCGUCUUCUAGGGAAGCCUCAGUUUGAGAGCGACCACAGGAGAGUAAAGAAAUUGAUUUCUGAAAGCUAUAGCGAAAACACGUGAUAUUUGAUUCCCUGUAAACUCGAUUUCUCCAGGCGGACGAUCAAGGCGACCUCACCUGGGAAGACGAACACCUGGACAUGAUCCGGAAGUGGGCCACCGCCGCCGAAUCUCUCAUCCACGGCCGAGCUUCUGGCCUCGACGCUGCUGUCUGCACUUAUGGUAUUGAUUUCCUUCUUUCCUGCUACGAAAAGAACCAUUUCUGAAGGGUACGGUAGGAAAAAGUCCGCAAUCUUAGGCGUAAACUUUGUGUAUAUGCACUUUUUUGGCGUCGUUCGGUUUUUUUUGUAGUCUGAAGUUGUAAUCCGAAUUAAUCAAGUUCAAAAAUUAAAAGAAACUGACUCGGAACAAGAAAAGUGCAUACACACACCAACCUAGUUGCGGACUUUUCACAUACCGUACUCUUUGGAAAUGGAAAAUUCGCUUCUAGAACCAGUCGGUCGUCAUCUUUCUUUAAAAGGUCAUUUUAUUUUCGGGAUUUUUUUUUUGAAAAUUGGCCAGAAUGAUUUUUGAAGUACUGAAUAGCAUGAAGGUCAAAAUCACUUUAAAUUCAUUUUUUUUUUUUGAGAAAUUUGGGUUCAAAAUGUCCCAUUUCAACGGUUUUUAUGCUUUUCUUCGACUUUGAGCCCUUUUUUCUUGAAAACUAGAAAGUUUCAUUGAGACUUUAAAAUCAUCAUCUGGUUGUGCAAAAAGUGAUCUGGCCGAUCUUUAAAAAGUUCCUAAUCAAAAUAAAAAUGACCUUAGUUGUUAGAGGGUAGAAAAUACCUAGGAUAGAAGCUGGUAGAAGCUCAGUUUUCGCUGCUGCAUGGUUGUUUUUUUGUUCAUUUUUCGGUUGGAGGUUUUUGGGAGAUUCGGGACGUUCUGAAGGCUUGGAAGGCUAUAAUAUUGUUAUCAAGGAUCUCAUAGUUGGAAGAAAAAAACUGGAAAAAUAGGAUUUUUAUGGUAUAAGUAAGCGCCUGGGAACGUAAAGUUCUCUUUAUUUUGAGAAUUUGGAAUUUAAAAAGUCUUUUUUUAAAGAUAUUAAUAAAUAUGUUAUCAACCAUUUCCACCUUUUUGAAAGUUUUGAAGAGCUUCCGUUUUUUUAUCAUUUUUUCCAGAAGCUCAGGAUUUUUUUGCCAGUUCAAGGAAGAGCUUGAAAAAGUUCUCUGACAAAAAAAUUUUACUUUUUAAUUUUUUUAAAUUUAUAUACUUUUACGCUACCAAAAACGUUAAAAAAAGUUGCUGGAAUAUGUCUUAAAAAAAUCAAAAAAAUAUUGUAUUACAAUUUUUCCAUUUUUUUAUCUCAAUUUACAAGGUUUCGAUCUUUCAAAAAUGCUUCGAUACGAUUUUUCAGGAACUUGAAGUUUUGCGGACUUCAUGAGUUCAAUUUUAAGGGUUUUCAAUGUUAAAUGAAAAUAUCGAUUCAGUUCCAAGCCUCUCAAAAAAAAAGCCCUCCAACCGAAAUUUGAUUGAGAAUUUGCUCGACGGUGCCCGGGAGGCGAAUGUCUUCAUUUUUUGUAGUUGAUUUGAUUUUUGCCAAAAAUUUCCUCGAUUCGCUGAUUUUCCCUUCUCGACUCCAUUUGUCGUGUGUGAUUGAUCCUUAGUUUUAGCUUAUCUCAAUUUUCCGAGGCUCAAAAUUAGAGGUCAUUUGCGCUCCAAUGAACUUUUUAUGGAGCACAAUUGAGGCUCGGUAGAGCGAACCGGACGUGUCUGUGAAGUUCUAGGGACCACUUUAGUGGCACAAGAAUCCUUGAGUGAUCCCUAGGGACCACUUUAGUGACAUCAGAACCCUUGAGUGAUCCCUAGAAUUUCUGCGGAACGUCCGGUUUUCUUUUGCGAGGUCCGAGGUUCUUCUAAGGCCUUUAAGGCUAUUUUUAAGAUCAAAAUAGCGAAAAUAUUUGAAUUUAUCAAUAGAGCACUUUUGUUGGUUAUUCUGAAGGUCAUUUUCGGCGAUAUUUCUCAAUGGAGCAUAUUUUCCUCAAAUCUUGUCAAUUUCUGGGAUUUCUCCUCUAUUUUUCCCCAAUCUAACCUCUUUUUCCCCAUUUCUCGAGCUACCGGGUACCAGGCCAGAGCAGACUGAUUUUUUUGAAUCUUUAUGAAUUUUUUUAAAUUAUUUUAUAGCUUUGACAGAAGUUUUUAGAUUCGCUUUUCCUAUAAGCUUCAUAGAAUUUGCUAUAUUUUUUUUCUUUUUUUGGGUUUGUGUUUUUUCUUGAGAGAGUUUCCGAAAAAAUGGUAUUAAUCGGUUUUUUUUUUGGUCGCAGUUGGAAUGGCUCGAAGCGUCGCGGUCGCGGAGCAGUUUUUCUUAAUCUCACCGCGGCGCUUCGGGCUUUUUUCAUGUGCUUUCUUUUCGCGAAAAAAAAUUUCUCAUGAAAAAAGCCACCAUUUUUUCUGCCUUUUCUCUCUUCAAAAUGAGAAAAAUCAUUCCCAUUUUUUCCCGUUGUUUUUAGGCACUCCCUACAGAGAUUACGGAUAUCAAAGCUUUACGCACCUCGGCCAUGUUGGCUGCUAUGGUAAAUUUGAAGAAAUUCGCCUCUUUUUUUUUCAGUUUGAACCAAAAAUCGAGAUUCGUUUCUGGCCUGUGACUCGUUUUUCUCACCUCUUUCUCUUCUUUCUUUUUUUUCCGGGACUCGUUUUGAAAAUUUGAAAUUUUUUGUCUUGAUCCUCAAAUUUUAUACUUUUUACACCAUUUUGAGCCUUUUUUAAUGUUUGAAAAUUAGGUUUCACAGCCGUUUUUUUUGUCAAUUAAAAAGUUUUUUGAAUCAUGUAGAGGAAAAAAUGUUCUUUGGUAUCUUUUCGAGCCUUAAAACGGUUUUGAAUCGGUAACUUUACUUUGGAAUAAAACAGGUCUUACAGCGAACAACCAGGUUUACUGUAGAUUUAGAAUUUUUGGCUCAUUUUUCAAAACUAGGAGACUUGGACGUUGAUGUAUACUAUAAGAAUGGUAGAUGAGCUUUUAUUGUCUUGUAAUUCGAGAUUUUCGAGUCUUGAAGCGAUUUCGAGCUAGACGUACUGUAGCUGUGCCUUUUCUUUCAAAUUGGGAUGACUCUAUGAGAAGAAGCCUUCCCGAAAAAUCAAUAAAUUUGCGUUUUUUUGAGAGAAAAAUAUCGACCAAUUUUUACUGACUACAAAAAGACCGCUGUAGGGGCCACUUAGGGGCUAGAUUCUAGACCUUUAUAAGAACCUAUUUAACCCCUCUAGGGAGCACUAUUUUGUCAAAUAUGAAAGCUGUUUUUUCUAGCCCCUUAAGGGAUUACUUUGGCAUUUCAAAGUUAUAUCAGAAAAUAUCAAAAUCCUAGCUAAUUUUCAGGACGGUUUCAUAGCUUCUAGGUGUCCUGAAACUGUGAAAUUGUGAAGUUAUAUUGGGUCUUGAACCGAUUUUAGGCAAGGUCUACUGUAACCAGGGAUGACCUCUCUUUUGAGCUAUUUCCGGUCUCUGUUUUUGAAUAAAUUAGACCAGGACGGCGGAAAAGAUACGUCAUUAUUGUGCCUUUAAUUUAUAAGACUUAAAAAAGGUCUUGAAACUGUAAACUCGAGUCAUUUCGGGUCUCGUAGCGGUUUCUCUCCAGGUGUACUGUAUUAUCAGAUUUCCCACUUUUUUCGCUGCUACACAGUAUCUUUCAAUUUAUUUUCUUUCAAUUGUACUAAUUCGAUCAGUGUACUGUAGUUUUCGCUACGAGACCUUUUUCGAAAUCUCAAACGAGUCCUGGAAAAUUUUCCGUCUUGCUGUGGUCGUCUUGGAAUGGCUUCUUUUUCUCUCUAACCUGUCCUUUUUCUACUUUUCAUUUUUAAAAAGAAGCGAGAAGAUACGUUUCAAAGAAUUCAUUAAAAGUUCAUCAUGACCUCAUGAUUUUGUUAAAGCUUUCGGAUAAUUUCAACAAGCUUCAGAAAAUAUUCUCUGCUGAAUCAUGUAAUAAAUGUCGUUGAUCAAGAACGGCGCGUAGAGCGUCACGUUCUUUUUUUUGGUAGUUCUGAUGAUCAGCUGCUUCUUCAUGGGGGAGCAGUACGGCCCCCUGCUUGUCCAGGGCUCAAAUUUAAGAAGAGAACGGAAAAUUGGGAUAAAAUCCUUGGAAAAUCCAAAAAUCGAAAAAAAAAAAGCAUGAUUUCAAGUAGUGAUGUGUGUGUGGUGGAGAUGUGUUGAGAAAUAAAUCGAAAAUUAUUUUUCUCCAAAAGUGUCUUGUAUAUUUUCAACACGUCUUUUCAUGAUUUCAGUGAAAAAGACCGAAAUCGUAGAUUUUGAGAGACUGUGAAAAAUUUGGAGAGUAUCAGACGUCAGACAGUGCCUGCACUCUCCAUUUUUCCAUACUCUCUCACUUUUUGCGAUUUUUGUUUUCCGUUGUGAUUUUCAAAGCUCUGGAAAUCGCGAAAAAGCGAGGGAGUGUGAGAAAUGUGGAGGGCGUCAGACAAUUAGAGUGUCUCCAAAUUUCUCCUACUCUCUAACUUUUUUUUUUGCGAUUUCGAUUUUUCUUCCCUUUUUUCAUUCUCAAAGUUAUUGAUUAAUUUUUUUAGGUGGAGUCGCCAGCUUCAAGCCUGGACACCGUAUCGAGCACUUGAAAAAGUGAGGAUCUUUUUAAAAUGCGAACGUUUUUUUUUCUCAAUUUCACCGCUUUUUUGAAGUAAUUUGCUGAAAUAAAGUCGAUUUUUGCAGUUUGCCGGACCUCCGAGUGAUUUUGGUGAACUCAAAAGUUGAGAGGAAUACGGCGAGGAUGGUCCAAACGGUCAAGGAACGAUUAAAGAAGGUACAAUUGUGAAAAAAUAGAUGAUUGAGAUCAGAAUAGAGGUUCUUAUCAGGCUGGAAGAGACUUUUUUCAGAAUUUCGUUGAUUUUCGAAUAAAAUAUGAGAUUCUUGGUAGUUUUUAUCAGUUAUGAGGUCUUCAAAAUCGCUUUUCCGAAAAGCUUGACAUUUUUGCUAAAAGUGGAGUUUUUGGUUGAAAACGGUCAAGGAAAGAUUAAAGAAGAUGAAAUUCCUGGAAAAUCGAAAAUUAUUAAUAAUAUUAGGGUCUUAUCUAGAAUGGACUUUUUUUCCGGAUUUUGUGGAUUAUUGAAUGAAAUUCGUGAUUUUUGAAAAAUCAGGCGAUUUUUUUUAUCAUUCAUAAGAUGCUUAAAGUCGUGUUUCGGAAUUAAAAAUUUUGCUAAAAUAGAACUUUUGGUCUAAACGGUCUUUUUUUAAUUCUCGACAUGUAGAUCAGAGAUCAAAACCCGAGUUGACGGCUAUUUUUGCAGUUCCCUGGCGUCGUCGACGCGUUGUUCGGCUCGAUCGACGCGAUAUCGCUCGAAGCCGCGAAAAUCCUGCACCGGCCGCCGCUCGGCGAAGAGAACGGCGACGGAGGCUCCUCCUCCGCCUUGGAAAAUGGCCUGGGACCUUUCGUGGCGGUUGGAGACUCGGACCAUCACUCUUUGCAGGUACCCCAACUUUUGAAGACUUUUCUGAAAAAAGGCGAAGUUUUUUGUUCGAAAAUCCCCUGUUAGUGAUUCGUGGUUGGUAGCGGUAGUAGCGAGUCAGUACCAUUGUUUUCAGUAUCAGUAUAACUAGGAAAGUGUCUGACAGAAGAAGUGCGGAACGUCGAGUUGUUAGAGUUUGAUGAAACUUUCUACAGAAGAUCCAAAAAUAGCCAUUAUUUAGACGGCACUGUCUUUGGCGAACUAGAAAAACUAGAAGUCCAAACGUGUACAUCUUAGGGGCGCUUUAAGAAUCCCCUCUAGGGAUCACUUUACUCCCCCAAUGAGGAUACUGAAGCUGUCAAAAAUGGCCCCAAUGAGGGUUUCAGCUAGUGGCCACUCUAGGGGAGCAUGCUAUUCAUAGAUGUAAUCGACUGGACGGCCAACUGAAAGUCUAAAUUUGUAGUUGAUCAACUUGAAAUCCAGGCCUUACGCUCUUUCGCUUCGUUCUUCUAAGCGUAGUUCAUCCAGUUUCGCAUUGACGAGCUCAGAAAAUGUAGUUGAUCAACUUGAAGUCAGGCUCUAACAAUCCUCGUUCUUCUGCGCGUAGUUUAUCCAGUUUCGCCUUGACGAGCUCAGAAUGUAGCUGAUCAACUUGAAGUCAUGGCCUUCCGGUCUUUCGCCUAGUUCUUCUGCGCGUAGUUCAUCUAGGUUUGCCUUGACGAGCUCAGAAUGUAGCUUAUGUUGUAGCUGAGCACGGAGAUCCAGGUAGAAGCCUCGAAAUGAGAGCGAUCACUUCGAAUAAAGGUUUUACACGGGUUUCUUUGAUUUCGAGAUGUUCUAGGAAGUUAUGACACUUUCAGAAUCCUUUUUUGGUAUCUUAUAGAGAGGAAACCGCGCUCCGAACUUUGAAAAAUCAUAUCAGGGCUCCACAAACUCAAAUAAUUUUUUCCUGACAAGGGACACAAUGAAUAUAUACCCUCCAAAAAUGAGCUCGAUUGGAGGCUAUGAGAUUUUCGAUUUUUGAGACCUCGGUGGCGGUUUUUGAGACCGGAUUUGGAAUCAACAUGAAAAACUAAAUCUAGAAAAAACGGUCUCAUUCGGAAGUCUCGAGACCAUUCCCUGGUCAGAGAGUGUUCUAACCAUUUUUCACGAAUUUCCAAGUAAAAUAAUCAUCCUUGUCAGAAGUAGCCGUGUAGACAUUCUCUCUGUUGUUUUUUUCACGGUGAGUUGUUCAGCCGACCCGAGGCGGCAGCGUCCGUUCCUCCUCGCUGGCGUCGUACGUCGCCGGCGGCAAGCGCAACUCGUCGGCGUCGGCCAUCUCGGCCACUUCCGAGAAGGGCGAACUCGUCGACACCUUCAGCAAGCUUAAUGUGAGUCGUUUUUCAGUUGCAAAGCUUUAUUCCAAGAGAAUUUCCGUUUCGUAUGUGAAAGGUCCUUUCUUUUCUUGGUUCUUGUGGUUUUGAGCUGGUUAAUUUGAGACUUUAGAUGGCUUAUUUGAAAAAUAGAAAAUUUCGACUUAUGUGCCCUUUUUAGACAAAAAAAGAAAGAAAAGCUUUUUUGAAGCUCAAACCUUUGUUCUUUUUGAGCCACUCUUUUAACAGGACACUAAAAAAGGAAGUUUUUUUUGUGAAAUUUGGACAUUUUUACAGUUUCUCGCUCACUUUAAUUGUAAAGUCAUGUUCUUUAUUGGUUCUUGUUCUUUUCCGUCUCUCACAAAAACUGGUAUAUAAGUCAUUCCGCGCCAGCUUGUCCCGAUUUCCAGUUUAUUUGGAGCUACAGUAGCCCUUUCGGCGCUUCGCUUCGAUGUUCUCGGUGUGCCCCCUUGCGUGCGCCUUUGAUAAAACUCAUUAUUUCCUAACUUUGGAAUUUUUUUAUUCUACAAAAAAACAGUUGUAACAUCAAAUUUUAUAUGCAAAAAAAAGCUCGAACAGUCGGUUUCAUUAAUAACAAUUAAAAUGUAAUAAUUCAAUCUUUUUGAUUCUAAAGUGCUACUACUAAACACUAAAAACUUUAGUGGUCACUUUAGGGGUCAAAACAGCUUUAGUUUUCUCUCCAAUUAGUCAUUGGCGAGCCUCUAUAGUAGCCACUGAAAAUCUUCUCAGUAAUAGAUGUUUAAAGCUAAACGGGGUAUACCCCUGGUUGCACUGCGAGAGUGCACCGCAAUUUUUGUCAGAGGCGGGAAAAUCAUUUUAUAAUCAGUUUCUUUCAAAUUUUGAUUUUUCUACUCCUUAAUACCUUUUUUAAAUACGAUAUUUAUUAGAUUUUCCCAUCCUGCAGGAUCUGUGCCGAAUAAACAACCAGCUGCUGAUCGCCCUCGGGCGUCGGACACCCGAAAGUCGACCAGAUCUGUACCACCCUGGCCCGUUAUGGAAUCCAUCCCAAGAUGACGGGCGCCGGCGGCGGCGGAUCCGUUUUUGCCUUCUUGAAACCUGGUAACUUUUCAUUUUCGAAAGAUUUUCCCAUUCUUAACUUGAAGAAAAGUUAAAAAAGGCCUUUUCAGUUGUCAAAAGAAGAGGGUUAGGCAUUAUCAACUUUUCCAAGUACCCUAAAGGGAUCACUUGAGCUCCUGUAGCCCUAAAGGGAUCACUUGAGAUCCUGUACCCUGAAGGGAUCACUUGAGAUCCUGUACCCCUAAAGAGAUCAUUUGAGCUGGUUUAGCCCUCAGAUCAACGUUUUUGAGUAUCUCACAUUCCUAAAAAAUACAACAUUUUCUUUGAAAAGGUUCUGUAAAUCGUGUUAAGUUUCCUUGAGGCUUCUGACAACCUAGUAGAGCUUCAGAAGCUUCUAAAACACUAAAGAGAUCACUAAACUUUUGAAAACCUUGUAAACAUCAACUUUGAUGCUUUUCUGAAACUUUUGAAAGCCUUUAAAGUGGUCACUUGGUCUUUAUAAACCUUAAGAGAACACUUGAAGUUGGUAGCAAGCUCUGAAUUACUCAGAAGGUCAAAGAAGGCAUUUCUGGGGUAUCUUGGACCUUAAAAUAGUCACUUAGCUGAUGCGGAAGCUUGGAGACCAACUUUUUGAGAAACCAAGAUAAUUUUAGUGGUAAAAAUUGAAGUUUUUCUGCUGAUUUUUUUUCCUAUUCUUUAAGUGAUCGCUUUAGGGGCUUGCAAGAAUAUUCAGUCUCUUAAGAGUCCACUUGAAGGAUGUCUUAAGCUUUGAAAGAUUCGGAAACUCAAAGAGACCUUUUAGGGGUUUCAUGACCCCUUAAAUGAGCACUUAGGACCUCUUUGCUCGUAGUAAUUAGACAGAAAUCUUCUGAAAAAUUGAGGCAUUUUUGAAGUAUCCUGUACCCUAAAGGGACUACUUGAGGCUGGUCGUCAAACCAACUUUUUGAGAGUCGGUCUCGAAAAGGAUUACUUCGAAUAGGUACCGAAAAAUUUUUUCGGAAAUUCUUGAUUGAAACCCUGAUUAAAACCUUUUUUGAGGACCUCAGUUAGAACAUUUCCAGACACGCCACAAACGCUGCUCGACAUGAUCGAAGGCGAGCUGACGAAGCUCGGUUUCGAAGUGUGGCAGCCGCCGUUGGGAGGCCCGGGCGUGAUGGAGCACGCCCGUCGGCCCGAGCUGUUCGCGACGCCGGCCGGCUCGACGGCCUGCUCGACCCCCGCCGCCAAACGACAAUGA